AUGGGGAAGUGGCUGCUUGGGAUUGUGCGUGGCUGCUGUGGGGCCCUUCUGCUGCUGGCCUGCUUGCGGCAGCAGCAGGUGGAGAGCGCGCAGAUCCGUGUGGCUGCCCGUCCUGCUCCCCUCCCCAGCCUUGCCUUUGCCCCUGGGGAGCUUCUCCGCGGGCAGCCGGCUUUAGGAGCUCCUGAGGCUUCCAGUUCUGCUGCUGCUGUAUUUCCUGCUGCAGCAGCAGCAGGCCAUCGCAGGCCGGCUGCCACGCGCGGCUACGCAGCGCAAACGGGGGGCCCCGAGAGGGCCCCUUACCCCUUUCAGGAAGUGGAGCAAAAGUGGGUACAGUACUAUGCUAAGAGAAGUGCAGAGUACUCGCCGCCUCUGCCGCCCCCACCGCGUCCCAGGGGGGCCCCACACGCAGCAGCUGACGAGAAAGGCAGCAACAGCAAACCCAACAAGUUUUAUGUCCUCUCUAUGAUACCUUACCCGUCGGGCAGAGGCCUCCACAUUGGCCACUGCUACACGUACACUCUUGCAGACGUCGCUGCGCGCUACCACCGCUUGCGGCUGCGCGCUCUGCUGCACAAGGAGCAGCAGCAACAGCGGCAGCAGCAGCAGCAGCAUCAGCCUCUUUCUGAAGCAGCGUCUGGGACCCGGCAGGGCCCUGAAGAAAGCGAACUGGACCAUCCUCUUCAGCCGCCGGUGCUGCAUGCAAUUGGCUGGGACUCGUUUGGGUUGCCGGCUGAGCAGCAUGCGCGGGAGAGGGGUGAGCCCCCAGCCUCUGUGGUGCAGGCAAACAUUGACACCUUCAGGCGGCAGCUGCAGCGGCUGGGACUCAGCGUAGACUGGAGAAGAGAAAUAAACACCAGCAGCCCCGAAUACUACAAGUGGACCCAGUGGGUCUUCCUGAAGAUGUUCAAGUCAGGGCUGGCCUACGAGGCGGAGGCUGAGGUCAACUGGUGCCCCGCCUUGGGUACUGUGCUUGCGAAUGAGGAGCUGACUGCUGACGGCCUGAGUGAACGCGGGCGCUUUCCUGUGGAGCGCCGGCUGCUGCGCCAGUGGCACUUGAAGCUUCGGGCGUACUCUGAGCAGCUGCUUGCAGGGCUGUCUGCCUUGGCCUGGCCGGCGGAGGUCCUGCAGAUGCAGCGCAACUGGAUAGGCAAAGCAGUGUACUUUCGCCUCAGCCUCCCUGUGGCGCAGCGAGGCUCCUCGCCCUUAGCCACGCAGCCCUCGCACAUACCUUGCCUGCUGUUAUCUCCUGACAGCUUGCCCAGUUGCACCGGCGUAGCGGUGCACCCAAAGCACCCGCUGGUUGCGCAGCUGGGGAACAGUGGGAACGAUAGACUAACAAUAGAGAAGUACAUGAGAGACGAAGUGCGGAAAGGAGCAGUGAGUGGCGUCCAUACGGGACUCUAUGUACAGAACCCGCUAACGAACCACCGAAUGCCUGUCGUCGUGACAGACAUUAUGGGACGGCUGCCCGAGUUCGGGCUGCAGUUGACUGAGGCGGAUGCUCUCCUCCUCUCCCCUUCCCAGCAGCCCUUCGCGGCGCCGCUGGCUGCUGCAGGUUUGCUGGCUCUUAACCCUGCAUUCCCGCCUUCUCAACAUUUGGAUUUUGAGGGGCCUCUGGGGGCCCCCCAGCCUCAGGGAGGCUUGGGAGGCGACGAGGAACAGGCGGAGGAAGCAAAGGCCCAGGCCUUGGAAUGGCUUGAGUCGAGUAGUUGCAGCAAAAAGGUGGUUCGGUACCGGCUAAGAGACUGGGUCUUCAGCCGUCAGAGGUACUGGGGAGAGCCCAUCCCCGUGAUGCGCGUCUUCCACAAGCGCCGCAGCAGCACCAGAAAAGAAGAUGACGUGGGCACAGGUGAAGCUGCUGGGCAGGCGCUUUGCCCCCACGCCGCAGCGGAGGAGACAGGCAGUAUUGUUCCUCUUUCUGAUGCAGACCUGCCAUUGAUACUCCCGCCUUUUCGGCCAGCUGUCAGCAGCGGCCCCUACACAGGAGCAGCAGCAGCAGCAAGAGGCGCUCCUGUCGCAUCUACUGCUGAAGACAGCUGCAUUGUUCCGUCUGUAAAUAACAUACCCAGGAAGAGGGCGGCAGCUGAGGCUUCAGAGACUGUAGCGGCGCUCGGCCACUACAGGGACUGGGUAUUGGGGGGCGGCUCUUCACAGAGUGGACCUAAACAGCAAAGUGGCCCUCUGAAAAGCCCUCAAGAAGAAUCUAGUCAAGACUCUGUAGGAGGCUCUUUCCUGGCUAGAGAGACAAGUACCAUGCCUCAGUGGGCGGGGAGCAGUUGGUACCAUUUGCGGUUCCCCGACCCCCACAACGAGGAGGCCCUCGCCAGGCCUUCUUUAUUGCAAUACUGGUUGCCAGUUGACUUGUACGUGGGAGGCAAGGAGCACGCAGUGACGCACCUCAUAUACGCAAGAUUUUGGCAUAAGUUUCUCAGAGAUAUCGGCGCUGCUUCCGGUGAAGAACCCUUCAAGUGCCUGCUUACUCCAGGCAUCAUUUUGGGGACUCCUCGCCACUUUUUGCUGCGCCGCACUGACACUGGGGCCCCCGUAGGAGCAGCAGACGUGGAUUUGGCCCCCACAGCUGCUGCGCUUCUCACGGCAAACCCAGCAGCCUCAGCAGCAACGAGCCUUGUGGAUGCGGCCCCUGCUGCAGCAAAAGAUGCUGCUGCGGCAGCACGAGUAGUCUGUGGCACCCACAGGCCCUCGGGGACUGCAGUUUUUGCAGAGGCUCUUCCUGCCGACUCUCCAACUAUCAAGCAAACGAGCCCGGGUACGUGGGUCUUUGUUAACUCAGAACAAUCACAGCAAUGGACGCAGAGCCAGCAGCACCCAGUAGUGGCAGCAGAGGGUGCAGUGGCAGCUCCUUCCUUAGGAACAAAACCAACAGCAAGGCCAGAAGCAGCGCCACCAGAGCUAGCACGCCACCCUUCAGCAGCAGCAGCGGCAGAAGUGGCCCCAAGUACUCAGGAAGCUCCUGUCCAGUUGCUGACUCUUUGCGAAAAGAUGUCGAAAUCGAAAGGCAACGCAGUGUCUCCCGACAAGGUGCUAGAGGCUUACGGUGGGGAUGUGCUUCGCAUACACCUCAUGGCCUUGGGCCCGGUGCCCUCUACAAAAGUAUGGAGAGAAGAGGGAAUUUCAGGCGCCACCCGCCUACUAAGUCGCAUUUGGAAUUUGCUCAUAUCUCCUCUUGGCCCGUCAAUUAAACCCUUAUUCAGUUCUGAGUCAUCCCAACAGGACCCAACAAGACGUUCCUGUGGCUUGAAAGAGGUCUCAGGAGGCCCCAGGGAACAGACUGGAGGUCCACGAGGAGGGAUUUUGGACCCCAAGAACGCUCCUACAGGCCUACAGGGAGAGUGCCCCCAAAGAACUACAGAGGACCUCCCAACAGGGCUCCACAGUUCAUUUGAAUGCUCUGGAGUCCCCCGCGGAUCAGGAGGAGCGGGCCCUGAGGCAGUUUAUGCGGGUCGACUGCGGGGUGUAUCAAUGAAAAAUAUGUCUGAAGGGGAGAGGAAGCUUUUGGCUCCUCUGGUGGCGAACGUAACGCGCAGUCUAGAACGCAUGCAAGUGAACCGUGCAGUGGCGGCUCUAAUGGCGGGUAGCCGGCAUCUGCAACAGCAGCAACAGCGUCAAGGAGGUACUUUGUCCGUCAGCUGCGUCAAAACCCUGCUGACGCUGCUGCACCCAGUGGCCCCCUUCAUAACCGAAGAGCUGUGGAAGCGCCUAGCAGCAGAAUAUCCCGCUGCUUUCGCCUUUCCAGGGUGGACCCUUGCAGCCUCAGGCGAGUGGCCAACAACCGAGGGCGAAGAAUUCGAGAAAGAAAAAACUGCGGAAAACAGCCGGAAAGUUCAGGUAUCUGUGCAGUUCAACGGUCGGCACAGGCUCUCUGUGCCGCUCUCCGUGACAGAGAUGAGCACACCUAGCGAUCUUUUCGAAACGGUAAGACGGUUCUCCUUGGUGCAGCAGCGGCUGCAGCUCGAAAAUGACAGGGGCAAAGCCCUUUCUCGGGUUAUAUCGAAGCCCGAGGCCUGUUUGGUGAAUUUCAUCUUUGGCUAA